CGGCAGGUGCAGUCCAUGCCGCACGGGAUGUUCCGGCAACAGCUGUGGGCGGAGGCCCUCAGCGAGAGCGUGGCUGAGCAGGCCCUGAUGUCGCCGACGCUGUCGCCAGCGGCCGAGGGGCCCGAGGCGGAGCCCGCGGCGGCCGUAGAGCAGCUGGACCUGUCCGAGGCCGCCGCGGAGGACCAGCUGCCGCCGGGCGUCGAGGUGGAGAUCAGCGGCCUCACGAAGUGCCCGGCGUUCAACGGACGCCGCGCCAUCGUGCAGUCCUACGACCAGGAGACGGGGCGCUACGACGUCGCCCUGUGGUGCAAUGGGGGCGAGCAGAAGGCGAAGGUCCGGCGCGAGAACCUGGGGCGCGUGGCCCCGCUCUCGCCCGCGGCGGCGGUCUUCUCCCCACAGGAGACUCUGAGCCCGAGCUCGUGCGAGUACCUGGCUCGCGGGGGCGCCCUCCUGGCGCACCAGGGUGGCCAGGGGUCCCUGCUGGCAGCGCCCGUGGUGCCCCAGCACCACAGCGCCCUGCUGGCCACGCCGAGCCCCUCGGGGCAGUACGUCCAGGCGCGGUGAUCGGACGCCCUGGCAGCACGGCGAGGCCGAGGCUGCUGCUGCUGCUGCUCCUUUUCGUUCUCCCGGGGGCGUCUUCCCCUCCUUCCGCUCAUCCUAGGGCCUUCUCCUUCUCGCUUCCCCUCCCUCGCUCGCCGCCGACCUCCGCUAGAAGGCGCCUGCCCCGCAUUGCCGGCCACGUGUCUUGAAGCGCGUCGACGAGUGACGUUAUUCAAGAGCUCGGGAGACCGCACCGGCCAGCCAGCGAGAGGCCGGAGCGACGGCCUCGUUGAAGUUUGUGGCGAGGGCUCGGCAAGCCACAUCGGACACUGCGGAACUCUGGAGUGACAUGGAGCCCUCCUUCACCUUGCACUGCGCGUUCGGAGGCCAUCCCCGUUUGGUGAGAGCCCCAGCGUGCCGCAACAAAUUGUGGAUCUUUUUUCUGGCGGCACUGGGCUAUUUUCUUGCUGCAGCCUGUAAGCGCCACGUGCAGGCUGUUUGCAAGCCCCCGAAGUGGGGAAAGUCACGGUGGUUGGAAGCCCACGGGGGAAAAACAAAUCCUUCACCUUGCACUGAGCACUGGCAGCAUUCCUGUCUUUCUACUGUACUGCUGCCGCGUGGCUUCUGGCGGGCGC